AUGCGUCGAGAUUUGAAGUCAGGUACGACACUAGUUAUUGACAGAUAUGCUCAUUCAGGUGUCGCUUUUACAGCUGCUAAAAAGGUAGCAUCAGUUGAUUGGUGUAAAGGUCCUGAUAGAGGUCUGCCCUGUCCUGAUGUUAUAUUCUACUUUCAUCUCUCAUCAGAGGAGGCACUCAAGAGAUCAGGAUAUGGAGAAGAGAGAUACGAGAAGAAGUCAUUCCAAGAGGAGGUUGCUAGAGUCUAUGAGAAACUAAGAGACGGUAGUUGGUUUGAUGUAGAUGCUUCUAAUUCAAUUGAUGAAAUACAUAAACAACUCUGGGACAAAACAUCAAGUCUCCUUAGUACUAUCAAUAACAAAGAAAUAGGAAAACUCUGGACGUAA